AUGCGGACUUCCGUCCUGGCCUUGGCUUUCGUCGCCAUGCAAGCAAUGGCCGACUUUGCACCCUCACCCCCCAUCCAGGUCUCCAUCCAUACCAACUGGGCAGCACCACCCUUGCUCCUCGAGAUUUUGGAGGCCGUGGCUGUGGAGAACAAAACUGCCUACUUUCCAUUGAUGCGUCAAUUGACCGACAAGACCUUCUUGGACGGCAUCAAGUCGCAAAAGGAUCUCUACCAAAAAAGUUUAGACAUCAUUCAGACACAGGGGCACGUUCAACCCAACGCACUCUCGAUCUUGAAGUGGUCUCUCGCCAUGCACACCUCUGCCCCCUGGAUCCAGGCACACUACCACCUCUACAACUCGACCAUUGCGCCUGAUAGGAUCUUGAAGUCCAACUUUAAUGACAACUGUGGCGUUUGGGUCGACUGGUAUGAUCGUCAGAUCUGUAAUCUGUCCGAGCUGCAGACCAUUGUUGACGGAGGAUUGGGAUCUUUUGCCAAACAAUCAAAGUCCAAGCCGUCCACUAUGGACCUUGACCACGUCCAGUCAUCGACUCAGGAUCCUAGUUUGUUCACCAUCUUGUACGCAGACGUCUACGACUCCGAGUUCACAAAGUUCAGGCAGUACCUGGACACCCUUGCUCGGGAUCACGGACUUCAAUACUCGAUCCGCUAUCGCCCCUCGACAAAGUCCGCGACGGAGAAUCCUUUGACAUUGUCGGGAUACGGAGUCGAGCUUGCUUUAAAGAGUACUGACUACAUUGUCAUUGAUGACCGUGAUCUUGGCCACUCUGACGACUCCAGUUCGUCAGGACAGACUGUCUUUAAGGGCUCUUCAGGACAGGGACUCUUUGGUGACAAAGUUCCUACAGUGGAGCCCGUCAGAGAACAGGAUCUCGGAGACUUGGACGUGGCUACUGCUCAGUUCGUCCUUCAGUCGGAGGACCCAUUGAGGACUCUUGUCGGGAUCGCGCAGGAUUUCCCCAAGUAUCAGCGGGAUAUCUCCAAGAUCUCUGUCAACGAAACCUUCAGAGAGGCGUUCCAGGCAAACGCUUUGUCGACCCGUGAUGACCGUGCCAGAGUCUGGUUCAACAACCAGCUCGUUCCUCACCACAAGAUGAACCCCUUCAAGUACGAGCGCGUAUCAAGCAAAAAGGCGAUUGACUUAUUGACAGACAUUGGAAAUGCCGAGGGCGGCAACGCUUCAGGAUCAGACGAGCCUCAGGGUGUGUUUGACGUACGCGACAAGUCGGAGGAAAAGAACAUUAUCGUCUGGAUCAACGACCUCGGAUCGGAUCAGCGCUACAAGGACUGGAACCCCAACUUGUUCUACAUUAUGCAGCCCACUUACGGCGGCCAGUUCCAUCAGAUCCGUCACAAUGUCAUCAACUCGCUGUUUGCGAUGGAUCUGAGCUCGUCAAAGACGAUGGAGGUCUUGUCGUUUGAGCUUUUGAACUGGGUCCACAGGAUGGUGCCCUUCCGUUUUGGUAUUCUCCCUCUUGUCAGGAGCGAGGAUGGCGAGGAUGCAAGGAUGGCGAUGCUUUGGAGACACGUCGUGAGCCGUCAUGGCAUCAAAGGAGGACUGGAGUUCUUGAAGAAAACCUUGCUUAACCAGGUUCAGUCAGGACAGGAUCUUGCCACCGCGUCACAAAACUCAUAUGAGGCUGCUGUCAAGUUGCCCAAGCUGAAGAAUACGGAAAUCCCCGAGUUAUCUUACAGCGAGGUUAUUGCUCCUGGAUCUAUCUAUCGCGCUUGGGUGAAGACUGUUCGGGAUAUGAGCGACAACAUUGGCAUCACCGCACCCUCGCUUUUUGUCAACGGCAAAUACUUUGCUUGGAACGAGGACCAUGCCCAAAGUCUGAUGACGGAAGCUCCUCAGCAAUACAGCUUCUUGUCGAACCGUCUCAAACGUGGAGAUCUUGCCUCGGAUGCCAAUGUCUACGAUUAUGUUUUGUCCCUCCCCAGUGUCCAUGCGCGCCGCAACCCUUAUAUCUUUGUCAGCGAUGAGAACCCCUUGAAGAUGGUCGAUCUCGUCCAGGGUCAAUCUCGUCCUUUUGUUGAUACUCUCUCCUACAUUUCCAGUGGUGACGAUGCAGCUCAGACGACUACCGUCCUUGUUGCCGCCGAUUUCGACGUCAACGCAGGAUUGGAUACCGCCCUUUCGGCUUUGGGCGCUUUGGAUUCUGAUAAGGAUACCGCACGGAUCGCUUUUAUUCAUAACGGAAAGUCUCCAGAGGACGCCACCUUGGGCAACUUUAUCAGUCAGUCUUCUGUCGAUGGAAAGACACUCCCUUUCGGAUUCUGGAAGGAUUUGUUGGAAGGUAUUGAGAGUGGUGCGAACUUUGUUGACAGCUUCGCCAAGUCGGCAGGACUUCAUCCAGAGGUCGCGAUGAUUGCUACUGAGGGUGGGAAGGGCCUGGAAGAGGAGAGUCACAAGGCCAGGAUUGCAUUCUUGAGAGACACUCUUCAGAUUCAGGAAGGCGAAACCUUUUUCAUUGUCAACGGAAGAGUUGUUGGUCCUAUCAAGGACACUUUCUCGGCAAGCGACGUCAAGUUGUUGAUCAACUACGAGAACGGCAUCCGUGCGACCAAGGUCAAGGCAUUGCUCGAGAAGGCUGAUAUCAAACCUACCGCCAGUGUGGUAAUGAAGAUAUCUUCGGUUGUCUUUGGCGCGACUCAGCAGCUGGACCAGAGUCUCUAUGAUAUCAACGACCCCGUCAUCAGCAGAGACCGCACCUUUGAGAAACUCGAUUCGGAGCAAGCUGGCUUUGUGGUGGACCCCACAUUCCAGGCUGGAGACGACGAGACACUCUUCCAUUUCACAGCAGUGCUCAACCCUGCCAGCGAGUUGACGCAGCGUUGGGCCCCUCUCUUGGAGACGCUUUCUCGGAUGGACAAUGUCAAGGUCAAGGUCGUCCUCAUGCCCGCCCUUCGCUUGACCCAGGCCCCCAUCAAGAGAUUCUACCGCUAUGUCGUUGAACCCGAACUCACUUUUGACGUCCACGGUGCUAUUGUUCCUCCUACUGCGUACUUUGGUGGCCUCCCUGAAUCAACGUUGCUCACCCUGGGAGUGGACGUUAACCCAGCCUGGGUCGUGACCUCCAAAGUCUGUAUCCACGAUCUCGACAACCUCAAACUCUCCAGCCUCACCGGAUCCUCCCGCAUCACAGGUGUCCAAGCCGAAUUCGAACUUCAACAAAUCCUCAUCGAGGGUUUCGCUCGCGACAUGACACAAAAGACUCCACCUAAGGGCGCACAGUUCAUCCUCGGCACCAAGGCCCAACCCCAUGUCUCGGAUACGCUUGUCAUGGCCAACAUGGGAUACUUCCAACUCAAGGCCAACCCGGGUGUGUGGGAGAUGGUUCUUCGACCGGGCAGGACACACCAGGUGUUCUCGAUUGAGAGCAUUGGAAGUGAAGGAUGGGUGACGGGAGGUGUUAAGAAUGAUAAGCGGGAUGUGGUGAUUGCCAACUUUGAAGGGUUGGUGUUGUACCCGAGGUUGGUACGUAACCCGGGUAUGGAGCGGGCGGAUAUUCAGGAUGAGCUUGUUCAGGAGGGUGGUGGCCUCUGGGACUCUAUCAAAUCCACUAUCAAGGGAUUCACUGGCCCUAGCGCUGCGGCCCCUACCAAGAAGAAGGCCGACAUCAACAUCUUCUCGGUCGCCUCAGGUCACUUGUACGAACGGUUCUUGUCCAUCAUGAUGCUGAGUGUCAUCAAGAACACCGAUAGUCGCGUCAAAUUCUGGUUCAUCGAGAACUUCCUCUCGCCCUCUUUCAAGGACUUUAUCCCUCAUAUGGCGGAGAAAUAUGACUUUGACUAUGAGCUGGUCACCUACAGCUGGCCCCACUGGCUCCGUGCCCAGACCGAGAAGCAGAGGAUUAUUUGGGCGUACAAGAUCUUGUUCUUGGAUGUCUUGUUCCCCCUGGACCUCGACAAGGUCAUCUUUGUCGACGCCGAUCAGAUUGUGCGCGCAGACAUGAAGGAAUUGGUAGACCUCGACCUCAAGGGCGCCCCCUACGGCUACACACCCAUGUGUCAAGACCGCAAAGAAAUGGAAGGCUUCCGGUUCUGGAACCAAGGUUACUGGAAAGACCACCUCCGUUCCAAACCCUACCACAUUUCUGCCCUCUAUGUCAUCGACUUGGUCCGGUUCCGUCAAAUGCAGGCGGGCGAUCGGUUGAGGAACCAUUAUCAACAACUGUCGAGGGAUCCGGGCUCGUUGGCGAAUUUGGACCAGGAUCUGCCGAAUAAUAUGCAGAAUGAGGUGCCGAUCUUUUCGUUGCCCCAGGAGUGGCUUUGGUGCGAGACUUGGUGUGGGGAUGAGGGGCUUGCUAAAGCCAAGACUAUUGAUCUGUGCAACAACCCGUUGACAAAGGAACCCAAAUUGGAUCGAGCAAGACGCCAGAUCAAGGAAUGGGAGAGUUUGGAUAACGAGGCGACCGAGUUUGCCAAACAGGUCAAUGCUGAGUUGAAGCAGGCGCGUCGUCAACAGGAGCAGGAGAAACAACAGCAGCAGCAGAAAGAGCAGAAGCAGGAUAAAAAUGAGGAGUCUCGCCAGGAUCCUCAUGCCAAGAAAGACGAGCUCUAG